AUGGCCCCUAAGGUGGAAAACAAGCAAGGCAAGACCAACCCCAGCAACCGGGCUGGUGCUGCCGCCAAGGCAGUCCUGAAGGGUGCAGGCGCGCACAAGGCCCGCAAGGUCCGCACCUCGACGACUUUCCACCGCCCCAAGACCCUUGAGCUCUCCCGGUCGCCCAAGUACCCCCGCAAGUCGAUCCCUCAUGGACCCCGCCUCGACUCCCACAAGGUCAUCCUGUACCCCCUCAACACCGAGAGCGCCAUGAAGAAGAUCGAGGAGAACAACACCCUCGUCUUCAUCGUCGACGUUAAGGCCAACAAGAGGCAGAUCAAGAUCGCCCUUAAGAAGCUGUACGAUGUCGAGACCGUCAAGGUCAACACUCUUGUCAGGCCCGAUGGUUCGAAGAAGGCUUUCGCCCGGCUAACCCCUGAUGUGGAUGCCCUGGACAUUGCUGCCACCAAGCUUGCUAUUGUCUAG